AUGGCGUGGCGUCCACCUAGUGUAAAUAUGGUUCAGCAAGGAGCUUCAAUCCCAGCUCCGAUUCCAACCCCAGCAUCAAAUCAGAACCCUAAUUUUGCUUCAACUUCGAAUGGGAACUUUGAUCCCAAUGAUCAGACAAAUCCUCUCUAUCUUCAUGCGAAUGAGAGUCCUACCCUACAGUUGGUGACAGCUCAGUUGGAGGGAAGAUCAAACUAUCAUUCUUGGGCAAGAGCCAUGGAAAUGGCAUUAAGAUCCAAGAAUAAGAUGACCUUUGUGAAUGGUCUUGUGGCUGCUCCAAACAGACUUGAUCCAAAAUUCUAUUACUGGGAGAGAUGUAAUACUAUGUUGUUGUCCUGGAUUUUGAGGGUUGUAUCUCCCACCAUAGCUAGUAGUGUGCUUUGGAUCAACACAGCUGAAGGAGUAUGGAAGGACUUGAAGAAGAGAUUCAGUCAGCAAGAUGUGUUUAGAAUUGCAGAAAUCCAGUCACAGAUUCACCACACUAAGCAAGGUAACUCUACUGUGAAUGAGUACUUUACACAAUUGAAAUUAUUGUGGGAUGAGUUGCUUGUUCUAAGACCUAUUCCUAGUUGUGAGUGCUCUCCAAAUUGUGCCUGUGGAAAUAGUCUGUCUGAUAAAGUAAAGGCACAUUUGGAAAAUGAUAUGUUGUCUGCUUUUCUCAUUGGCUUAAAUGACAAUUACACAAGCAUUAAGAGGCAAAUCAUGCUAAUGAAACCUCUUCCUGAUGUUGGUGAGGCCUUCUCCAUGGUUUCACAACAAGAGAGACAAGUGAAUAUUGAAACUGCCAAUCUAGAGGACAGCAUAACAAGAGUAAAUGCUUUCUUUACAAAAGCAGACAACAAUGGAAGGAGACCUUUCCCUAACCAGAAGCAGAAGAUUAUAUGCAGCUACUGUGGAUAUACAGGGUUGGAAACCAAGAAGCAAAGGAAUGGGUUCAACAAAUCAAGUUCAAGCUUCUGUGCAAGAAUGCAACUGUACAGAAGCCAAACCCCUCUUUACUCAAGAUGA